CUGCGUUUCAAAUUUAAGUCCAAAACACCCUCAGGGCAGAGCAGCUCUAUUGAAAACACGCGGAGCUGCUGCGGGGCCGUGAGCAUCAUCUCCCCCUCCGCUCCCUCUGAAUCGAUCCCGAUCCCGGUCCCCUUCCCGAUCCCGCUCCCGAUCCCGGUCCCGAUCCCGGUCCCAGUCCCAGUCCCGCUCCCGAUCCCGAUCCCGCUCCCAGUCCCUGUCCCGGUCCCAGUCCCGCUCCCGGUCCCGGUCCCAGUCCCUGUCCCGAUCCCGGUCCCAGUCCCGAUCCCGGUCCCAGUCCCUGUCCCGAUCCCGGUCCCAGUCCCGCUCCCGGUCCCGGUCCCAGUCCCGCUCCCAGUCCCGCUCCCGCUCCCGCUCCCGCUCCCGCUCCCGAUCCCGAUCCCGCUCCCGGUCCCGGUCCCGGUCCCUGUCCCGGUCCCGGUCCCAGUCCCGCUCCCGAUCCCGAUCCCGCUCCCGCUCCCGCUCCCGGUCCCGCUCCCGCUCCCGCUCGCCGUUACGCGCCUCCGGCCGCCAGAGGGCGCCUCCCGCCCCGCCGCUGCCGCUGCCGCUGCCCCGCGCCGCGAUUGGCAGGGCGGCGCGCGGGGCGCAGCGCCAUUGGCCGCGGACCGGCCGCCCGCCGUAUAUAAGGAGAGCGAGGGCGGGGCCUGGCCGCAGUCCGCGGGAGCUGCGGGCGGGGUGGGAACAAAAUGGCGGCGGUACGGGCCGUGUGCGUGAUGCGGGGCGAGGGGGCUGUGCAGGGCGUCAUCCACUUCGAGCAGCAGGGUACUGGGCCCGUGAAAGUCACUGGGAAGAUCACUGGGUUGGCCGAUGGGGAGCACGGCUUCCACGUCCACGAGUUCGGUGACAACACCAAUGGCUGCACCAGUGCUGGCCCCCAUUUCAACCCCGAGCGGAAGCAGCACGGGGGUCCCAGCGAUGCUGAGAGGCACGUGGGAGACCUGGGCAAUGUGACUGCCAAAGGAGGCGUGGCUGAGGUGGAGAUCCAGGAUUCUGUCAUUUCCCUCUCGGGACCACACUGCAUCAUCGGCCGUACCAUGGUGGUGCACGAGAAGCGGGAUGACCUGGGCAGAGGCGGAGACAACGAGAGCAAGUUAACUGGAAACGCAGGGCCCCGCCUGGCCUGCGGGGUGAUUGGGAUUGCCAAGAGCUAAGUGUGGCACCUGCACUGCUCUUCCAUUGCUGCUCGUGCCCUUCCUCAUGCCAGCUCAAGAUUUGUCAUUCAUCUCCUGCUCCUCUGCAUCCCGAGCAGCACUCACACGCUGGAGACUGACCGAGUUUUGUAUGAUGUACAUUCAAUUAAAGUGUCCCUGAUGGAA